AUGUCGUUCUCCUCGGACAAGAACAGCCGUCGCGGUUCCAUCUCGCUCGCCAGCAAGCGUCGUGGCUCUGGUACCGAGAAGCUCGAAUCCCACAUCGCCUCUUGGCACACCAGCACCCACAAGCAUGAGGACAACCCGCACGCACACGAGGAGCAGCUCAAGCAGUCGUACGAGCGCUUUGAAAAGCUCUUCACCAUCACCCCGCAGCGUCUGCGCAUGAUCGUCGACCGCUUCGUCGGCGUGCUCGAGGAAGGUCUCCAGAAGCCCGGCCAGACCGUGCCCAUGCUGCCCGCCUACGUCUUUGGCUGGCCCACCGGUGACGAGGUCGGCUCCUACCUCGCCCUCGACCUCGGCGGCACCAACCUGCGUGUCUGCCACGUCGUGCUCAAGGGCAAAGGACAGUUCGAGAUCACGCAGUCCAAGUUCCGUCUGACCGACGAACAGAAGCAGACCGAAGGCCAGAAGCUGUUUGACUUUUGCGCAGACUGCUUGGCCACCUUCAUCAAGGACCACUUUGGCGAUGCCAACGGCGACGUCAUUCUCGAGGAAGAGUUGGCGCUCGGAUUCACCUUCAGCUACCCCAUGGAGCAGGAAAAGAUCGACCACGGUAAGCUCGUACGAUGGACCAAGGGUUUCGGCAACCCCAACACCGAGGGCCGCGACUGCGCUGCCAUGUUCCGCCAGUCGCUCGACAAAUUUAAGCUGCCCAUCAAGAUGGUCUCGAUCAUCAACGACACGACGGGUACGCUCAUCGCCUCCAACUAUGUCAAGCACGACACGAGGAUUGCGUGCAUCUUUGGAACCGGCUGUAACGCCGCUUACAUGGAGCACCUCAAGGACAUUCCCAAGAUCAAGCACCUCGGCCUGCCUGAGGACGAGGAAAUGGCAAUCAACUGCGAAUACGGUGCCUUUGACUCGUUCAAGCACGAACACAUGGCCGAGAUCCGCACCAAGUACGACGAGCACAUCGACCUGCACUCGAACAAGCCGCACGAGCAGUCGUACGAGAAGAUGAUUGCCGGUCUGUACCUCGGCGAGCUCUUCCGACUUUGCAUCUGCGACCUGAUCGACGAAGGAACGCUCUUCUUGGGCCAGAACACGUACAAGCUGGAAAAAGCGUUCGCGUUCGACACGGCCUUCCUGUCGUUGAUCGAGUCGGACCCUACGGACGAGCUGCUGACGGUGACGGGACUUUUUACGCACUUUUUCGGAAUCGACACCACGAUCGAGGAGAGACAGUUCUUCCGCAAGCUGGCCAAGCUCAUCGGCACACGUUCGGCGCGUCUGAGCUCGUGCGGUAUCGCUGCGCUGGUGACCAAGAUGGGUUACCUGGAGAAGGGAUGCGGUGUGGGUGCCGAUGGAUCGCUCUACUCGAAAUACCCCGGAUUCGCAGACCGACUUCACCAGGCGCUCGAAGAUAUUUUCGGCGAGAAGGGACGCAACAUCCGCACGUACCAGGCCGAAGAUGGUUCCGGAGUGGGUUCUGCCAUCAUUGCAGCCAUGACCAAGGCGCGCAAGGAGGAGGGCAAGUACGCUGAGGUGUAA